AUGAUUAACGGUAGAAUUGGAAUGCUUUUCCUCAAGAGGAGGUUUUCGCAAGCGAGCAAGUCUACCUUGGACUUGAAGAAGUCAGUGCUCUACCAGGAUGAUGACUACCUCGUGGUGAACAAGGCAUACGGAGUGUCCACCUUCGGACGAGCCCCCCAAAAGGAGAGUAUAAUCAAAAGCCUAGAGGAGCUAAACCUAGAGGGGCACGAAAGCGCAAACGUUCUGUACAAGCUACACAACCAUGUCGGGGGGUGUCUACUGAUUUGUAAAAAUAAAUUCAUAAAAAAUCACACCUAUGGAAAUACAUUCCUAGCGUUAGUCUAUGGUCAGGUGGAAAACGCACAAAAUGUAAAAGUUAAGUUAGGGCUAAAAUAUUUGCCGAAUUCAGGUAUUAUGAUACCCUCAAAUGAUCAGAACCAUUUGAGAGACUUGAAGUCGAUUAAGUAUGAUGUGAUCAGUAACACCAUUUCGUAUGAAACCCAUAAGUUUAGUCUGUUGAAAAUUCAUACAGCGGCAAAGGACGCAAAGUUCAUAAAGCCACUGGUAUUUUAUUCUUUGUACACAUGCAUUGUGGGCGAUAAUGAGUACGUUGGAGGUUGGAGAAAGUUGAUAAAAAAUGGGUUCUUCGCUUACCGUGAUGUGGGUGGUCAGGUAGAGAGAGCCAACCGGUUGUUAUUGAAGAAGCUACCCCAUAUGGGAAAAAACAACGAACUGAUGCUUCACCUGCAUUGCUUGACUGUAACCUUCCAAUCCGCAUGCAGUCGAGUCGUAUCCGUGUCAUCUCCACUGCCCCGACAUAUGCGAGAGACGCUGAACUUCUUAGGUGCACCCUCACUAAGUCAGACCAUAGAGAUGCAGGUGAACGCCGCAAAUGAAUACUCCCAAAGGGUAGGUAAAAAACUCAGUUCCGAUACGCACACACAGGGAAUGAACGUUCCGGAUGACAGCCUCUCACAAAAUGCAAAACAUUUUAACAACGACCAAGAUGAAGGCGCUCUGUUCUACGAUGUGAUGCAGGAUGAAGGAAGAAUGGAACGAGAAAAUGAAGAACUAUUAAGUGCCAUAUAUAAGCAAAAAGAGGGUAACGCCGGAGGGGAGGGGAAGAAGGGGAAGUCCAGAUACAGGCGGGGCGUGUUAGCCAAGGACAUGCACAAGUUGACUCCCUCCGACGCCCCUAUCUUUUUCUCAGACACGCAGUGA